UAAAUGUUCAAUUUUUCUAUGGGGGCGAAAUAUAUUUUAUAUACUUUUCUUUAAACAUGUUUAAUUAUUUACGUUUCCUGACGAUAAAAGCUAUUUUUUUUUUCUUAUUUUGAAUUUUAUUUUGACAUUUUUUGUUUAAAUUCUCACUUCGGUGUCCCGCCUUUCUGCUCUAAAGCAAAGCUGUGAUUGGCCAUCUUCAUCUCGUGCACUAACCAAUCGGCUUAUAUGUCCAACUGCAUUAACCAAUCAGCGUGAAGGUGCAUGAACGUCAUCAUUAGACGUCGGAAAUAGCGGUCCAUGUGUGACAGAACCAUCGCACAGGUGAUCGAUGAACUAAUCAAUCGAUUGAAAGGCUUCGGCGGAGUGUAGGGGGGGCGGAGUUUAGCAUGAAUGCGGUCCACGUGAAGGUCCGGCUCCUCACGUCGCUGCUCAGGUUCGGUCAGACUCCGUCCGUCGGUCCGAGCAUCUCUCCGCCCUCCUUUCGCCGGACUGUCCUGCGGGUCGUCCGGACCAUGGCGACCGUCGGUCUCCCGGAGACGAGCCGGGCGCCGGUACCACCACCGCCCGCCGCGAAGAAAGCCAAGCAGAAGGAGCCUCUGCGCCGGGUCAAGACCAAGGAGAGCCGGGUCAGGCGGGGCGACGCCAACGGACCGGCCACCGUCUACCUGCAGGUGGUCGGAGCCGGAAGCAGAGACAACGCCGCGUGCGUGUAUGUCUUCUCCGAGUUCAACAGGUACCUGUUUAACUGUGGGGAGGGAACUCAGAGACUCAUGCAGGAACACAAACUCAAAGCGGCCCGCUUGGACAACAUCUUCCUGACCAGGAUGAGCUGGGAGAACCUGGGGGGCCUUUCAGGAAUGAUCUUGACCCUGAAGGACACCGGCGUUCCCGAGUGCGUUCUCUCCGGACCUCCACAGCUGGACAAGUAUUUAAACGCCAUCAAGUCCUUUUCUGGACCUCUGGAGGAGAUCAAACUGUCGGUGCGGCCCUACACUGAGGAGAAGUACCAAGACGAAACCAUGACUGUCUUCCAGGUGCCCAUUUUUGGUGAGCGGCGGCGCUCAGCGGCGUCCAGAGACUCGUGUCUGACCGUCGCCUUUGUGUGUAAGCUUCAUCCCAAGAAAGGAAACUUCCUCGUGGCUGAAGCCAAAGCGCUCGGUUUGCCCGUAGGAACGGCGGCCAUCGGUCCUCUCAUCUCGGCGCUGAAAUCCGGACAGAGCAUCGUCCACGAAGGGAAGGAGAUCCGACCUGAGCAGGUCUGCACCCCCACCGACCCGGGACCGGUCUUCAUGAUCGUGGAGUGUCCGUCUGAGGAGUUCGUGGAGGCGGUUUGCUCCAACCAGGAGCUGAGGAGGUAUCAGACGGGUGGAACCGAAGACUCUGCGGUUCUGGUGGUCCACAUGACUCCGGAGCAUCUCCUGGAGACGGAUCAGUACAAGAAAUGGAUGGAGAGGUUUCCGUCCACAACCGAACACUUGAUCGUGAACGAACACGCGUGUUCGGUCCACAACAUCCGCAGCCACAAGAUCCAGACGCAGCUCAACAUGAUUCACCCGCAGAUCUUUCCAGAACUGAAGGCCUACAGAACCAAGGAGCCUCAGGCCGCCCUCCACGUCCCCAACAUCAGAGCCGAGUGUUUGCUCAAGUUCCAGCUUCGACCCGUCAUGGAGUGGCAGAGGGACGCCAUCCCCGCCUGCAGCUCCGAGGAGUUUGUGAAAGAAGCUUCAGAGGUCCCAAACUUCCUGGAGGAAGUGGAGAAGUGCCGGACAGCGUCCUCCUCGGACGCCGCGGAGCUUUCAGACGGGAAGUAUCCUGAAGUGGUCUUCUUAGGAACCGGGUCAGCUCUUCCCAUGAAGAUCCGAAACGUGAGCGGAACUUUAGUGAACAUCAGCCCGGCUCAGUCUCUGCUGCUGGACUGUGGCGAGGGAACCUUCGGCCAGCUCUGCCGGCAUUACGGCGACCACGUGGACGAGGCGCUGUCCAAGAUCUCCACCGUCUUCAUCUCGCACCUGCACGCCGACCAUCACACGGGGCUGAUGAAGCUGCUGUUCCAGAGGGAGCGAGCGCUGAGCGUUCUGGGGAAGGCGUUCAGCCCCGUCUGCCUGGUGGCGCCGGUCCAGAUCAUGAACUGGCUCGGUCAGUACCACGACCACUGCGAGGAGAUCCUCGGACACUUUAAUCUGAUUCCAAACCGAUGUCUGAGCGACGGCGCCGACGCCCCAAAACCCAAGACGAAGUCGUUGAUCCAGGCGAUGCUGAAGAAGAACGGUCUGCUGAAGUUUCAGACGUGCGCGGUGCGUCACUGCAAAAACGCCUUCGGCUGCAGCUUCACGCAUCAGUCUGGGUGGAAGCUGGCCUUUUCCGGGGACACCAUGCCGUGCGACGCCCUCGUCCACAUCGGAAAAGAUGCGUCUCUGCUGAUCCAUGAGGCCACGCUGGAGGAUGAGCUGGAGGAGGAAGCUGUGGAGAAGCGCCACAGCACGACCUCGCAGGCCAUCGGGAUCGGCGUGAAGAUGAACGCCGACUUCAUCAUGCUGAACCACUUCAGCCAGCGCUACGCCAAGAUCCCGCUCUUCAGCGAAGACUUCACCGACAGAGUGGGCGUGUCCUUCGACCACAUGAGGAUCCGCUUCAGAGACUUCAAAGUCCUCCCCAAACUGAUCCCCGCUCUGAAGACGCUCUUCGCCGAGGACAUCGGCGAGAUGGAGGAGCGGCGGGAGAGGAGGGAGCUGAGGUAUCCCAGAGGGGGCGGGAGCGAGGCCGCCGGCGAGCAGAGAACGUCCGGAAGCUCCGAGGACGGCCGAGGCGCCAAGAGAGGCCAGCAGGAGGCGCCGACGGACGCCAAGAGGCUGAAGAGCAGCUGAUCCCUAAAGCAGAUCAGAGAAGAGGAUUUAGUUUGUUUAAAUUAGACUUUUAUUUGGUUCUUUUAAGGAACAAAACUUUUUUUUUUUGCUGUGAGACAAAACAUAUAAACAAUACAUAUAAGUUUGAUUUUCGUUUAAUAAAAUUAAGCUUUGAUGCUUCUACAGUUAGUGUUAAAUCCAAGAGGAUUAGAUAAAACUGUCGUCUCAAAAACGAAGUGAAAAAUGAUGAAAGCUUGUGCUAAAGUCUGAAAAAUGUUCAAAAAUAUAGAAAAAAAUAAGAAUACAACAAAAAAGUUAAACUGACAGGAAAUGAUCUGAAAAUAAAAUAUUAAAGAGAUUCUGUGAACAGACUUGACGUGCUAAAGCAUGAUAAAAGCAUGAAAAUAAAGCCAAAUACAAGCAUAAUUAUUAUUUAACAUCUUUAAAAUGACAACAGGCUGAAUGAAAGACUGAACAAUGAAAGUAGAAAACAAAAUUAAGUUUCAUUAAACAUUUGUUGUGAUCGAUUCUGUAGAAAACCAAAUAACUUUAUGAAUUCAAUGUCUGAAUCAUGAAAACAACAUUUGUAAAUAAAUAUCUGUAAGAAAAUGACCAAAAGGUCCAAAGUUUUUUCUUUCUUUUGCUGUUUGACUCCAUGAAUAAAAGUUCCCAAAUA